AUGUUUCCGGAGGCGAUAGAAAGGGCCUCAGGCAGGUCAAGAUUGAGUCACGCGCAGGAAACGUCCAGAUACGUAAAUCACACGGUAUACCAUGAUGAUGACGACGAAAUAAAGAUUGUGGUAAUUCCUAAUAACCAAAAUCAACAAAAUAUUUGCAUCGCUGCUUCUCAAAGGCGAAAACGAAAUGAGACACAGGGAACUGCCAAACCGGUCGUUCGGAAGUGCGGAUUCGGCCGGACGCUGCCGUGGCCGCCUCCGCCGUCCAGUGUGGCGUUCGGGGCACCGCUGGGGCACGCGUCGGAAAUAGAACUGAGUAGCAGCAGCAGCCAUGGCGCGCCAUUGUUGUGCAAUCAGCAGCUGCGUGUGCGACGUCUCCCUGCGCGAUGGGUCCUUCACGAUCGCUAUCGUUAUGAUAUGUGUAUCCGUACUAAGACUUGUGUACGCUGUAAGAAACACCUGUUAUGGAACGAAGCCUUGUUUGGCGCGCUGGUCGAAGUCGUCAACAUCAUUCUGGCCAUCAUGCUCUUCUGCGCUGUUCUCAGGGAAAAAUUGCAACUGCUCUGCGUAUGGUACUGGAACACGUCCGUCGCCGCCAUCGCCGCCUUCAUCUACGGCUGCCUCAUCCUCUUCGUCUUAGGCAACCAACCGGACGGCAUCGCCAGCAUAGCCAUGGGCAUCGUGCAGCUCUGCUUCGUGUUGGUCAUCCGCUCCUUCAUGCUCUCGUUCCGCGGCGGCUCGGAGAUCAUCGCCUAGGGCCUCCCCGGGCAGAGCGCCCAAGUCUUUUACCAGUGAGUGCCUCUUUGUGUGACUGAUUCCACGUGGCGUAAUCUAAGAGAAUACUAAUGUGUAAUUAUGUAAUGUAUUAUAUUUUAUUAUCUGUGCUUAAUGUUCUUAACUAUUAAAUAUUUUUAUUGUAUA